AGGGUUAAUUGUUUGUUGAGUCGGGUUUUACUUGUAAAGCCGCAACCCUCAAAGCAAAAUCAAACGAUGUCGUCGGAGGAAUCUUCGUCGUCGGAAGAAGAUGCACCAUCAGCCGCCAAGCCUGCUCCCGCCGCUCAAUCUGGAUCCGAAGAAGGUGAGGAAUCUGCAUCGUCGGAAGAAGAUGCACCAUCAGCCGCCAAGCCUGCUCCCGCCGCUCAAUCUGGAUCCGAAGAAGGUGAGGAAUCUUCUUCGGAUGAAGAAGAUGCACCAUCAGCCGCCAAGCCUGCUUUCGCCGCUCAAUCUGGAUCCGAAGAAGGUGAGGAUGCACCAUCAGUCGCCAAGCCUACUCCCGCCGCUCAAUCUGGAUCCCAAGAACGUGAAGCCAUGGAGGUUGUGACAACCAAGCGCUCGCGUGAGUCAUCUUCAGAUGAAGACAAAGGAGCGAAGAGGAUCAAGGAAAGGAAACCUUAUUUCCAUAAAGUUUGGACUGAAGAUGAUGAGAUUGCCCUUUUGCAAGGUAUGGUUGAUCACAACAAUGAUACUGUUAGGGUUUAUGAUAAUCUAAAGGAGAAGUUUAGCUUUGAAUGUACUAGGGUUCAAUUUAUGGAAAAGAUUAGGCACCUUAAGCAGAAGUAUCUAAAAAAUGUUGCUAAAGUCAAGAAUGGUAAUGAUCCAACAUUUUUGAAAGCCCAUGAUCACAAGGUCUUUCACUUGUCUAAGUCUGUUUUUGGAAAGAAGUCAAAGAACAUUGUUGGAAAGAAUGUUGAGUCUUCUUCUUCUCUUGUUGGAGCUUUAGUGGGUUUUGGUAUGAAUGAACUUGGGGCUGAAGAAGGUCUAAGUAAGCUUUCUUCAGAGGAUAAGAAGAGAUUUGAGGAGCAGUUGAAGACUUUGCAGUCUAGAGAAUUAAAGUUUCACUUGAAGAAGGCCAAGUUUUUUCAUCAACUCUUAAGAAGGAUGGAUGAAGCCUCUAGUUAGAUAUGCUUUGCUCAAAGAAUUGUUCUGAUCGCUGAAGGAAUGUAGCCAUUAGAUGCAAAAUGUCUCUUUUUUUUUUGUUCGCAACUUUGGAUUUUGUUUUUCCGGUUUAUGUUAUGACUCUGCUCUGGGUUGAGGUUAUUGGCUUGUCUUUACUAAGUUGAAUCUCGUCUUUGGAUUUUGAUCCCUGUUCAAAGUGAAACUCAAGUGUAUUGGUUUUACUUUAUAAUCUUGCGUUAGGUAAGAGACUUCUUUG